GUAGGAAGCAACAGAGGGAGAAAAGGUUACGGAAAACAAAGAGUUGAGCAGAGGGUAGAUGAAUAUGUCCGAUGUCUAAUCUGACAGCUGUUAAGGAAGAUCACUUAGCGGGAUUAAUUGUGCCUGAACUGACACAUUAAUACUCAUAAUUAUGUCUGACAAACUGGCCAGCCAAGCUUCCCAAAGAAAACCAUCCACCAACAAGAACAUCAAGAAGCUCCGUGCUGUCACCAUGGUAUGCGGUUUGGCAAGCAGCUGGCAGCAAUGGGUGACAGAAAAUGAGAAGAAACAAGCCAGUGAACCAAGUGGCUGGGCUCCGUCUUCACUGGGAGGACCGACAGAGGAACCCAAAAAGACAUGGGUCCCAAGGAAGCCUCUUCCCACUCAGAAGCAGCCAACAGAAGCCUCCAAAAACCACAUCAUCCAUUGCUCUCAAAACACCGUAACUCAAACAUCAAAGAGUGAGGAGGUUGAGACCUCAGCAGAGCCCCCAGUUGCAUCUCGCAUCAAGGUGAAGCAAGUGGUGAAGACUGUGACGAGUGGGGUUCAGGAGAAAGGUGCCGGCAUUGAGAUCCUGACUGAGAAGAUCAAGAGGGAGUCUCUGCCAUCAGCUGAGGAGAUUGACAGGAUUCUGAAGAAGAAAAGUUCACCCACACGCCGCAGAAAAUGCUCCAACAUGGUAUCAUCCCUGGCCAAAAGCUGGAAGCAGGUAGAGAAACAGCUGCAGCUCGGAAAAGAGGGAGAAGGACCAGGAGAGGGACACACCUGUGUUGGUGAUAAAGGGGACAGUGGACAGCCUGAGACAGAGGGGGAGGGACUGGACUUAGGGGAUUAUCAGAUACAUGGGACAAGCUCUUUAAAAGAAGCAGAACAAAAAGAUUCUGAAGGAGACUCAGCAGUGAAAAUUAAAAGACCAACAGUCCCAACGUACAGAAAAGAAGCUGAGGAUGCCAACAAGAUCAAUGCCCUCUCCGGGAAGUACAGCGCAGUGGGAAACCUCAAGAGUCGCUGGCAGAACUGGGCCUCAGAGCACACGGUGAACCAGAAACUAAACCCCUUCAGUGAAUAUUUUGACCACGACUACUCCAUGUCCCUCCGCCUUCAAAAAGGCCAAGAGGGCUACGGGCGCCCCAAGGAAGGUACCAAAACAGCAGAAAGAGCCAAACGCGCCGAGCAACACAUUCACCGUGAGAUAGACGACAUGUGUUACGUAAUUAGGACUAUGGCUGAUCCAGACCCGGACGGAAAGACCCGCAUCACGUUUGGACAGCUGUUUGACAGAUACGUUCGGAUCUCUGAUAAGGUGGUGGGGAUUCUGAUGAGAGCCAGGAAACACGGGAAGGUGGCGUUUGAGGGGGAGAUGCUCUGGCAAGGCCAGGAUGAUGGGGUGAUCAUUACACUGCUGGUGUGAUGUUAACACCUGGGUCAAAGUUGUACUGGAAAUCCUCUUACAGCUAAUUGGCUGGAUCUUGUCUUGUGAAUUAACUUCAGUCAUUGUCAAGCAGGGCAAAGAGGAGGAUUUAAAGUGCAAGUUGACCUGGGUCUAUUCUGAGGACACUUGCAGAACAAUAUCAAAGGAAUAUGGAUGCUAAAGCUUGGUGGAUGAGUCGGUGUGGAUUAUCCGAGGAAUAUUAUUGCUGCUAUUUUUGCAGAUACUUGAACUACUGUCAUUGUUGUGGACGUUUGAGUUGUAGCUGUCUUGUACAUGUUCUGAGAAAUCUGCCAAGGUUUUAACCUUUUAAUUCAGGAGCUCUGGAGAGAUAACGUUCAAACUUUUGGCUACUUAAGUUUUCAUUCAGAGUUGCUGGCAGAUUCUCACACGUGUCUCUUUUGCACUAUCUUUAUGGCUUAUAUGAAUGAGAUACUUGAUUAUGUGUUAAUGUACCAAAUAACCAGCAGCUUUGCAAUCGUGUAGCACAGUAAUUCAGACACGGAUUGGGUUUCAUUGCCUGAAGACCUGCAGCUCAGCAUUCAUUAUGCUGUACCAGGCACAGUGCAGGGGAACAGAGCAGACCACAGCACUUUUUAAAUCUCAUGGCCUGUUAGACUGAGCCUUUUAUGAUUAAUGUGGUGACUAAUAGUGACUGUGGCCGUCUGGGGGAAAAUGAAAACUUUCCUGUACACAUGCAGUUAUGGAGUGUUGAAUUUGUUGGAGUUUGUAGAAAAACACAGAACCAAUGUUAGCUGUUAUUUUUAAUGUUUGACAAGUUAGGCAAUUUGAAGUUUCUGUUUCUUUUCUAUCUUGAAAUCAUUUCAGCAGAAAGUACGUUAUACUGGGGCACUCUGUAUGGUUUAAGUAUGUGCUAGCGCUCUCAUUAUGUGCAAUAAAGCUCUCACAUAUCCACAGUAUCAAUAGUAGUGUAAUAUAAACUAGUUCAAAACUAAACAAACAAGACAAAUCAAAGUUGUUGGUCAUAGGCUUAUAUGAAUCUUUUCACUGAUAGUGCAGGAUUUUCACUCUGAAUUGAUACACGCAGUUAGGCUAGCUGCAUCACGCCAGGAGAAAAACAACUUAAAAUCACUACCUGUAUCUCUCAGAUGCUUUAACUGGAAGUGUGUG